UUUCCACGCCGCAACAACUCGCCGCAUCGUGAUCCAGCAUGAUGAUGGAUGAUUCCUUUGCCAGCGACGACGAUGAUAUGCAUGGGAUCCUCAGCGCGAUCGGACUCGGGACGACGGCGAAGCGACCGCUGCCGCCACCGACGGCGCCGGACCUGCCCCUCGCGCGAUCCACGGCAAGCACCGGGAAACGCACGGCGACGACCGAUGCAAUCGUUGAUCUGUCCGAGUCGCCGGUCGUGCCCAAGCGUCCGCGACCAGCGCGUGUCGCUGCCGACCUUCCAGUCCUGGGCGGGCCUUGCCUGCGAGACAAGCCAACGCCCGUCAUUUCCGAGCCAAGGCUGGCAGCCACAAACUCCUUACACACAAGAGCCACGAGUCCCGUGCAAGCAGCGAAUUAUACAGCAGCAGUGGUCGCAAGCCCGCAACGAGCGGUUGUCAGCUCCAUGCGAGCACCCGCCUUUCCGCAUGCGUCGCCUCCAUCGGCCUUGAACGAAGCUGUGAUCGACAUCAUGUCAGACUCGUCCGACAGUGACGAUGCACUGGAUGUUCCUCUCCGCGAUCGCUUGCUCGCACAGCGCCGCCCCGCGCCGCCACAGCCCGUCGACGAAGCCGAUACCAAUGGUUUGGAUGCCUCCAUCAUCAGCAUCAACACCAACACCGACGACGAAGACGCCCCGUGCGUUCCUGCGCCACCGCCUGUCUCUCCUCAUCGUGCUGGACUCUCUUCGCCCGUCGAUGUGGUGGCCCUCGAGGACGACGACGGUGGUGACGAGUACGCAGUGAUGCUGGCGUCGCCACGCUCGGCGCCUCCGUCUCAGCAAGUCACCUCGCCUGUCUACGACCUCGUCGACAGUGACGACGACAACUUGCUACCCCCAAGUUAUAUGACAUCGUCCCAACGCUCCACUGCGUCCGUGCAGGACAUGAUCAAUGUCGACGCAAGCGAGGACGAGUAUGCAUAUGCUUACAUGGACCACAACCCGUAUGCACUGACGUACUCGCCGCCGUCGUCGCCACUCUUUAGCAGUGCUCUUUUCGAUCGCCCGAUCCCGCGGUACACGCCGCCGCGCGCAGCGUGCCCACCACCCGUCGCUGCACCGCCAACAAGCGCCCAUCUUGGUCCUACCGAGCCUCAGGCUCCUCCCGCAGCGCGGGCUCACAAAGCCAAAGCCAAAGCCAAAGCCACCAAGUCGCCGGCCAAGCCGCGGAAACCCAAGCCGCAAGUGCACGUGUACCUCGAAGAAUCGCUCUUUGACGCCGACGUCGGCGAGAAGAUGUAUACGGCGCUCGUCAACCACACGACCGCGAGCAAACCGACGCCCUUUGGGUGCUACGUCACGGACGCUAGCACCGUGUCCCAUGUCGUGCCCAAGAGCAUCAUGUGGCGCGAUGCAAGCACCAUGGUCCCGAUGGCCUGUGUCUACUUGUCGGCCGCCGACUUUAUACACGCGAUCGCGACAGAGUAUGCAUCCGUGUACGACCACAUUGUCAAGCUCCGGCAACAAGUGUCGGACCCGUACGCGCGCACGUUCUUUCUGGUCGAGGGGCUCGAGAAGGCCCUCGUCGUGCACCAGCGCGCCCGGCAACGCCAGGGCCACGGGAUGCGACCAAUGACGUUUGCUGAUGUGCACAACGCUGUCGUCCACCUCUUUGUCAACUCAUUUUGCCACAUUCAUUUUGCAGCGACGCCCGACGACAGCGCGGCGUACGUCUUGUCGCUAACCCGCGAGAUCGCCGCUUUGCCAUCGACGCCACCCAAUGAUUUUUUGUCGCAUGUUCCUCGCCUCACGUCGGUCCGUGCGACGACCAAUGGCGACACCUCGAACGAGCUUGCCAAUGCGUGGCUGCGGAUGCUCGAGAUGAUCCCGGGCAUGAGCCCGGAGAUGGCGCAGCGCCUUCUCGACUACUACCCGACGAUCGACUCGCUCAUGACCGUGUACGUCAACCCGAACGUACCGGUCAAAGUCAAGGAGCUACUGCUGGCGGACAAGCUAGUCGCCACCAGGGCAUCCAAGGUCCUCUCCAAGCGCAUUUUUGCCAUCUUUACGUCGCCCAACCCGCGCGCCAUCGCCUUAUAAGCACGCUAACAUAGGGCUACAUGCGACCCGUG